AUGGCCACAGCUGAGGACUAUGGCUUCUUACGGCCUCCCAGCAACGACGACUAUGAGCCCGUUUAUCGCACACCCUCCUCCUAUAAUCCUCUCCAGACCUUUACAUUACCCAUGGGUAGUGUCCGACACUACCAGCAGCAAUAUGGCGACAUGUACUUUUUGCGUCUUGCGAGGCUAAAGGCCACGGUCGAAAAAGUUGCAACAGAUGCAUGGGGUGAUAUUACAAUUGCUGGAGAAUCUGCGCGACGCGUGGACCGAGUGCUCGAUGUGCGACAGGGCGAGCUCUGCUGGAUGGCUGGCACGGUAUACAUGGACAUGCCAUUGAAGCCCAACAUUUUGGAGGAUCUGACAAAAGAGACUUUCACGUCUGCUCCUCCUCCCCGCCGUACCUAUGCCGACCCGUCCGACCCGUCCGCGACUCAGAUCAUGAUGGAGGAUGAAUCGGGCCGUAUCCGAUUAACUGGCAAUCUCCUGUUAUCUACGCAGUUGGCCACGGGCGUUAUCAUCGCUGCACUGGGAACUGAGACCGUGAACGGAGAGUUUGAGGUUAUCGACAUCAAGGUCCCUGAUCUAGCGCCUCAACCCAAACGAUGGGAGCGAGACGAGGCUACAACAGCGGAGUCAAAGCAAAGCGGCAAAGACGCAUCAAAGGGAUCGGGAAAGAUCGCCUUUGUGAGUGGGCUAGGCAUUACCGGUACAUCAAGCGAUACGCUUGCCUUGGAGCUUCUUACAGACUAUCUUCUCGGCUAUACGAGCAUUGAUGGCAGUGCGGAUGCAUCGCGAAUCACACGACUCAUCAUUGCAGGCAACUCACUUGGGGCUAGCGUGACCGCGGAUGCAGCGUCAGCGGGUUCUGACAAUGCAGCUAAAAAGAAGCUGGCUCCCAAGAAAUAUGGCUACGAUGCCUCUGCCUACAACUCAUCGCCCAUUACCCAACUCGACAACUUCCUGGCAGAGAUCCUGCCUAGCAUCCCGGUAACUCUGAUGGCCGGUGAGAAGGACCCCGCAAACGUGUCUCUUCCUCAACAAGGGAUUCAUCGGGCAAUGUUCCCGCAAGCCCGUGCGUACUGCGCGCCUCCGCCAUCUGAUGAGAACAAGCAGGAAGUUGGAUGGUUCGACAGCGUGUCAAAUCCCUGGGAGGGUGAUGUAGAAGGAUGGCGACUUUGGGGUUGCAGUGGCCAGAACGUGGAUGAUGUUCUCCGAUACUUGGACUUCCCAGCCGACGACGUCGACCCUACGGCUGAAAGAGAUGAUUCCGAGGCUCGGCUACGAAUCAUGGAGGCCAUGCUUCGAUGGCGGUGCGGUGUCCCCACGGCACCUGACACAAUCUGGUCCUAUCCUUUCCAAACAGUUGACCCGUUCGUUCUGGAAUCAUCUCCUCAUAUCUUUUUCACGGGCAACCAGCCUUCCUUCAAGACUGCUGUGAUCGAGGCCGAUGCUCCCUUCCGGCUGGAUGGUGAUACCGAAAUGACAGAUUCUGCCGGUGAACCUACCGCGGGUCGUGUACGAUUACUGUCGAUUCCCAAGUUCAAUGAAACGGGGGAGUUGGUCUUGGUGGACACUGAGAGCCUGGAGGUUGAAGUAAUCCGGUUUGGUACUUUUGCAGGCCAGGAGGAGAAAAAGUAA